UCAAGCUAAUUAACCAACCACAUCCUCACCUCUCUUGAUAGAAUACCCAUACUCGCAAGCCCAUCCACUUCCCCUCUUCUGUCUUCCCCCAAGUCCGUCCACGGACAUGGAACCGGAGAACCCGGAGCUUAACCUUGAUCUAGCCCUCCAGCCAUCGUCCCCGCCCGAGCCGGCCCGAGUCUUCUCUUGUAACUACUGCCAGAAAAAGUUCUACAGCUCGCAAGCUCUUGGGGGCCAUCAGAAUGCGCACAAGCUCGAGAGGAGCCUUGCCAAGAGGAGCUGGGAACUGGCCACGGCCCUCCGCCCGCACGCAGGCUCCACCAUCGGCCAGCAUACUUCGACCGUUGUCUUGGUGGAGAGACAAAGGGAGGAGUGCUGCUAUAAUGGAGUGGGGUUGGCCACACGAGGCCGGGAGGCGUCAAGGGCGUCGAUAAGGCUGGGGAGUCGCAAGGAAUCAGAUGAUAAAAGAGAGCUGGCUGAUGGAAUCGACUUGUCCCUAAGGCUAUGACAUGUGCUCGAUCUCUUUUUGCUUCUCAUUACUCCUGUCUUCCUUUAAUUUUUCUCUCUUAAUUUGGAGUGCACCGUAUUAUAACGAAGCUUCUGGAGGUACUUUGCUUCAAGUCAAUCAAACACUUUGUUUUCCAUUUUUCCUUUUGACUAGUUAUUUGCAUGUGUAGACUAUAUAGAAUGGCCCUGGAGGUCAAAUGGAAGGGAAGUAGAGACGCUAUGAUGGUGAUCAGAAGACUUUUUUUUUAACAUGACAAUGUUGGAUUGCACAAGUUCGAGUGUAACAAGGGUGUGGAUUAGCUUAAUAUGUAGUCUGUUCUGUUAUCGAUAUUCCACUACUGUGAUUCUCAAAAAAGAUGUCCUACUACUGUGGAAACAGAAGAAAGUUCUCCCUUUUUUCCCAGUGGAGGUGCGUGCUGAUGUCUGAGGACAGAAUGCAGACUCCUGUUGCAUGUAAUCUGUAUCUUUGCUUCUUCUGCUGUUUCGAUAUGGAGUUCCAUCUUAUUUGAUCUCCAACAACUUAGAUCGACGCUGCGAGUCUACGAAAUUUUUUACAUCAAAUGGGCCGGAGGUUGGAAAGGGGAUGCCUGGUGGGUAUAUCCCAAUGCUAACAAGCAAUGAUUGGACUCUCACGGGUGGUGGUGAUCUCUGGCUGGCAAAAGAGAAGGUGAGGGGCGUUUUGAUUGUAUAUGAUUUUUUUCCCAAAGGUGCUUAAGUGGAGCGGCCGUUGGUCAGCUUUAUACAAUCAUGGAAACCAGACCCCAUAAUAAAAAAUAGUAGUUCUUUGGAGUGA